GAUCUCAACUUUAAAAUGCGUCCAAAAAUAUAAACAAACAAACAUCUCUCGCCGUCAGGUUACAUCUAUCGCCACCGCAAAGAGACCACCGUCUCCUCCGCAAUCUUCAUAACCUAAACAACACUCAUCCCCUGGUAAGCUCAAUUCUCUAAUCAAUUCAAUCUCCUGUGAUGUCGAUCUGUUUCUACUCAAGUUCAAUCUCACGAAUCCCUUCUUUGUUCUGUAAAUUAGGGUUUCACGAUUUGUGUGUCUAGGGAUUCAAGAUCCCUAAUAUCUGAUCAUCUAGUAAUUGUGAAAGUACUUAAACAAUGGGAAAGAGGAAAUCAAGAGCAAAGCCUGCUCCUACGAAGCGAAUGGAUAAGCUUGACACAAUCUUUAGUUGUCCUUUCUGCAAUCACGGGUCUAGUGUCGAAUGCAUCAUUGAUAUGAAGCAUCUGAUUGGUAAAGCAGCUUGUAGAAUCUGUGAAGAAAGCUUUAGUACUACUAUCACAGCUUUGACUGAAGCUAUAGACAUUUAUAGCGAAUGGAUCGAUGAGUGCGAGAGGGUUAAUACCGCGGAAGAUGAUGUUGUGCAAGAAGAGGAAGAAGAAGUAGAAGAGGAAGAAGAAGAGGAAGAAGAGGAGGAUGAUGAAGAUGACCAUGUCUCUGUCAAAAGGAAGUAUAACUUCUGAGACGAGUGUUUUAUCGAAAAUCAUGUAAGUCGUCGUCUUAGAGUUAUCUGCUUUAUGUUGUAAUAUCUAUCUGAUGAAAUCACAAGAACAAUCUUUAGUGUUUUCUCAGUGUCUGAUAGAGAAACAUACAUUUAAGUGAACAAUCUUUAAUCACAAUAACAGUGUAUGAUUAUGAUUUGUAAGUGGAUUUAAGGCUUUGCUUAAUUGGUUCCAAUCCAUACAUUUUAUUACAACCAAAUAAAAACCUAAUGUCUU